AUGGCAGAGCCGCGGAGAGUAGCUGGAACUGAAAGAAUCGGCGCGCAGGAAUAUGAAGCUGUUUCUCUAUAUGAGGAAUACGAGUGUAAAAUAUGCUACAAUUACUUCGACCUGGACCGGCGGACCCCCAAAAUCCUGGAAUGUUUCCACACUUUCUGCGAGGAGUGUCUGAAUACUCUCCACCUCCGUGAGGACCGAGGAUGGCGCAUCGGCUGCCCUCUCUGUCGCCAACGGACUCCGGUGCCAGAGUACCGGAUACACAACCUCCCCAACAACAUUACAGUCACCGACGCUUAUCCGUUCUACAUCCAGGAUGACAGUCUGCCGCAGGACAGCCUGCCACCGUAUCCUCCUCCUCUGCACCCAGCGCUCACGGCCGCGUACCACCGCGAGGAGGCGAACGUGGCAGCGGCAGCUGCGCAGGACCAGGCUAUCCCGUAUGUAGCUGUGGUUAGAGAUAAUGCCGCUGCCGCGAACUCUUACGACAGGGCGGGAUACGAGAGCUGUCAGAACUGCAGGCACAUCGCACUGACCACAGGCUGUGUGUGCGCCAUUUUCGCCUUCGUUUCCAUGCUUGUGCUGCUGUUUCUGGGACUCAUAUUCGUACAUAACUUCAACAACCCUCCGUCUCCAGUCGGCCCUAUCUGUCUGUCUGUAGCCAGCACCAUGGCCAUGUUCUCUGUUGUUAUCACGUGGUUGGUGUGCUGGCUGAGAUACAGACCUGACCCGGAACCCGGACAUUCUGCCUCGUCCAAUCCCAGCAGGAGACAUUUAAAUGUUUUAUGA